AUGCGCUUUGGUGCGCAUUUGCGUGUUUCCCGGCAUUCGCCGUGGGAGGAAUAUUACUGUGACUACGAUGCACUAAAGGCGCUGAUCGCAGCAAAAUGCAGCACCGAACAAUUCAUAGAAGCAUGGACGCAGCAGCUAUCGAAAAUCGAUGCCUUUUUCCACAAAAAAUGGCGAGAGCUCUUUAUGAUGUCAUUCAUGAAGGAAUGUCUCUUAACAUCUAUAUUGCAACAUGCAAAUCUACGUGAGUAGGCAAGGUUUUACUUCGUCUUUCAGCUCGACAAAGAGUAGAACCAAUAGCAGAUCAUCAAGUUGUAGGCUUUUCUUUGUCCCGUCACCUUCAAACACGAUUCGUUUCUACUUCUGGUGUUGCCAAACCAUUUUUGAUGUAUGACCCGUUAUGGCUUUUUAAUAAAACUGCUAUUGAAAGUCUGUCCUGUGUCUUCAUAUUAGUGGAUCUGCUGUAUUCGAAAGCCGGCAGAGCAGAGGGGCUCGAACUUGUUGUCGAGUGCCUUUCGGUGGACGAGUUAGAAGACAUGCGACGAAGCGACGCGUUGCUGAUGACGUUGCACUCCUUCGUCGAGGAUAAUUUUGCAGCGUUGAGAAAAAGUGUAAAGAAAUUCGACAAAACAAGCUUGAC